ACAGAAUAUAGAACAGGUCUUCGCGCAAAAUGUUGCCAUCUUCAGGAUCUCUCUUCUCGUUUUUCUCAUUCAUUCACUUGAAUUGAUAGGAAAUGCUCGAUUAGAUUUAUUUUGAUAUAUGGCUAUCACACCACUCUAAGAAUGCGAAUUCACUUCUCUCCCUUCAUCCAUUCUGCCUGUAACCUGCUAUUUCCAUCAUUCCCUUCAUUCAUCCAAGACACCUCCCACCCAAUGUGUAUCUUUCUUCCUUUCCCUCUCACUAUUUUCUUUCAAUGUCUUUGUACAUUCUUCCCUCCUUCCCUUCCCCUUCAUUCACUGCUUCCUUCAAUUCUAUCUGUGUUCUCUUUCCUCCCUUAAUCUAUCCUUGCCUGCUAUACUGUUUGUACCCUUCCCCUCCUUCCUCCCUCCUCCCCUCCCUUUCUUCCUUCUUCCAUCUUGCUUACACCCUGCCCCCACUUUACCCUCUUUCCUUCCUCCAUCAUGUUUGAACUCUCCCCCUUCCUCCCGUCCUUCCUUGCUGCUUAUACCCUCGCCCUCCCUUUCUCUCUCCUCCCUAUGAUUGAAUGACUGUUUUGGUAGGACGGAAUAGAGCCAUUUUAGCAGAUGUAUAGGUAAAUACUGAUAAUCAUCCAUUGUCAAAUGCCGGUUUUUGUAUAACUGGCCCGCAUUUUAUAAUUAAACGCAGGUUUCCCUGUUAGUUGACUUUUUUCUUUCUUUCUCGAUUUCCAUUUAUACAUUUUAUCACUGUCACUUUGACCUUCAUCAGUGAAAAAAAGGAGAAGACGAGCUAAAGUAUUUCGCAAGAAGUGAACUGGAAAACCAGACACGAUACAUGGAAUAUUACGCCGCUGGCUUGGGAUACCCCGUCUGGCAUGGCGGAAAAGGUUGGCGAGGGGGGAGGGGUCGGCCACCAGUUCCUGUAUAUAAGCGACGUUGCAACUUCCACUCUCCACAUCACACAGCUAACCUUUAACCAACAAUGAAUAGCAUCAAAGCCGUGAUUGUCUGUUGCCUCCUGGUGGCCGUCUCCGCCGGUGUAGACCGAAGGAGAGGUGGACAAGGAUCCAACAGAUUCCUUCCUGGAGGCUUUGGUGGCGUCCAUGGAGGUGGUCUCUUCGAUGGCGGUUUUAAUGGUGGGGGAAUCCAUGGUGGAAUUCAUGGUGGUAGUGUUAUUAUCGGCGGUGGAAUAUCCACUGGCCCAAGUGAAUGCAGAUAUUGGUGCAAGACUCCGGAGGGUCAAGCCUACUGCUGCGAGACGGUGCAUGAACCAGAGACACCUGUUGGUACCAAGCCACUCACUUGCCCUCAAGUCCGUCCCACAUGCCCACGUUUCCAUGGGCCUCCCACAACCUGUUCCAACGACUACAAGUGUGCUGGCCUCGAUAAGUGUUGCUUCGACAGGUGUUUGGGAGAGCACGUGUGCAAACCUCCCUCAUUUUUCAACAAUCACCUCCCCUUUUAAAUAUGGACUCAUUGGUUUUCCGGUUGAUAACGGAAGAUGAGAAAUCUGUGAUUUGUAGAUAUUUAUUCUUUGAUAAUAAAUCUUUAUAUAUAAAUAUA